CUGAGGGGAGGGUGGGAAAGCUAGUUUUCAUUCUUCCAACAUUCAACCAAAGAGGUUUGGAGCGCAGAAGGCAUCCUGCGGUCUUACCAGACAAGCUGCAAGACUGACCAUGGCCAAGAUGGAGCUCCCGUCGGGCAUCCCUGGCCAACGGACAUUCCUAUCUGCCGUCCUCAACCUGCUGUCACUCAGCCUCUCCACAGCAUCCCUGCUCAGCAGCUACUGGUUUGUGGGCACACAGAAGGUGCCCAAGCCCCUGUGCGGAGAAGGUCUGGCAGCCCAGUGCUUUGACGUGCCAGUGCCCUUGGAUGGGGGCAGCACCAACACAUCAUCCCAGGAGGUGGUACAAUACAGCUGGGCAACUGGGGAUGAGCGUUUCUCCUUCCGUACCUUCCGGAGUGGCAUGUGGCUAUCCUGUGAGGAAACUGUGGAAGAACCAGGGGAGAGGUGCAGAAGUUUCAUUGAACUCACACCACCAACCGAGAGAGGUGAGAAAGGACUACUGGAAUUUGCCACGUUGCAAGGCCCACAUCACCCCACUGUCCGAUUUGGAGGGAAGCAGUUAACGGAGAAGGCUUUCCUCCCCCACCCUCCCUUGGGGCUUGUGGCAAAGAUCCUCCGGUUAUCACUGGGAGUCCAGUUCGUCCACAUCGGACUUGAACUUAUCAGCUUCCUCCUCCUGCUAAUGGAUUUGCUGUUCACUGGGAACCCUGGCUGCGGGCUCAAGCUGAGCGCCUUCGCAGCUAUCUCCUCUGUGCUGUCAGGCCUUCUGGGGAUGGCGGCCCACAUGAUGUACUCACAAGUCUUCCAGGCAACUGCCAACUCGGGUCCAGAAGACUGGAGGCCACAUGCUUGGAGUUAUGGCUGGGCCUUUUACACGGCCUGGGUUUCCUUCACCUGCUGCAUGGCAUCAGCUGUCACCACCUUCAACACAUACACCAAGCUGGUGCUGGAGUUCAAGUGCAAGCACAGUAAAAGCUUCAAAGGAAACCUGAGUUGCCUACCACAUCAUCGCCAGUGUUUCCUCCAGCAGCUGUCAUGUGCAGCCCACCCAGGGGGUCCUUUGACCAGCUACCACCAGUGCCAACAUCAGCCCACCCGCUCUGUCUCUGAAGGAGUUGACUUCUACGCAGAGCUACACAACGAAUUCCAACGAGGCACCAGCCAGGGGCUAAAAGAAGAGCUGGCUGGGACAUCAGCAAAGGAAGAACGGUGUUAGCAGUCUGUGGGUCUGGAGAGCAGGCCGAACCCAACCUUACAUGUGUGCUUGUUAUCAACGUGUGUUUAAGCCUAAGUCUGUCUGUUGGGCAUGGUUUUUAGAGGUUAAGAAUAAGGGUAUGAGAAAGGACGAGUCCAAAGGCGUGGUGUCAGGGUUGCCCUGUUCCGUCACAGCUCUGCCUGCUUUCACCAUCCCCCAUCUAAUGCGUUCAGAAUUCCCUUCUGUCCUUUACUGACCGCCUGUUAUGUGCCGGGUUCUGGACUAAGCAGUGAAGAUACAGAGCGAAGAGAAACACAGCUCCUGCCUCUUAGGGGCUAAUCAAUCUGGUCGUCUGUCUGGGAUCUGGAGAAAUGGAGGUAGGCAAAUCAGCAGUAGAUGAUUGUGGCUCAACUUUCCAUGAUUUCCUGGGAGUCACAGAAGGGAAGAGGAAGUUGCUUUAUCUUAUAACAUGUCCUCCACACUACUUGUUACAUGUCCUGCAUCCAAACAGUGGGUACUCAGUGAAAAUUAGAUAUUAUCUUAGAAGCUAUCAGGAGACUAGUACAGAUGAGAAGGCUCCUACCGCACGCAGGGACAGGCCCACUCCCAGAAAUGGCCAAAGGCUAUUCAGAUAGCACUGUGGUUCUCCACACGGGAGACUUCCCCAGUGAAGAAGGCUGCAGCACACACUCCUCUCUGACUCCCCACAUUCUCAUCCAUUCACUUGCCCUUUCUCUUUUCCACAAGAGAAAGCAAACUACCCGUGAUGACUAAGAAGAAUGAGACUAGCACACAAGUAUGUUCCUAUUACAUAGUAUUUAUUUGUUCUGUAACAAUUCACAUUUUGAAUCGUGCUUCCUGACAAUAUAUAUAUACCAGCUGCCAGGGUGCCACUGUCCCUGUUCCUUCACAGCUCUGCCUCCUUUCACCAUCCCCCAUAUCUCGCGGAUAACAAUUCACAUUCAAGGGGUUGGUAUCACCAUACCACACUAGAAGGGUGAGGAGAGGCCAUCUGGGGGAAUGGGGAGGGCAUGGUCUAGGGCACAGGGGAGGAUCUGUAAGGGAAGGAAAGAGAGGUGGCGAGGAGGAAGACCCCUGCAUUUGCAGAAGUCAUUACUAUUUCUAGGUAAUAGUCAUACUGGCUUUGCUGACAACCCCACGUUGGGAAUGGGGAAAGAAAGCAGCACUUUCUAUCUCAGAUAUCUGCGUGGGUGGGUACCUAUGAGGAAGGAAAUUUGGGGACACACUGGGCAAGAAACCAGGACCCACAUUGGUCAGAUGAAGCUUCCUCAAACUUGAACCACCAUUGACACCCUCUGUACUGGCUGCAAGAGGGAGGAGAAACCUAAAACCUGUGUUUAGCAAAGAGAUUCAAACAUAUCACAGUCAAAACCAUCCAUGAUAAGUUAGUUUGCAAACACACCAUGAAGAAUUUAGGGACAUUAUGUUUUCCUAGCUUCCUCUUAUAUAUUUCCAAAACACCUGGCCUAAGUACAGUCUUCUGCCCAAAACAUUGCCCCCAAACCAGGUCCUCACUCCUCACUUUGCACCUUGCUCCUGCCUAAACUGGCUGCCUUCCCAGAAAGCUUCAACAUGGUGCAGAACCAGGUUUAGGCCAAAUAGCUCAGCCCAGGCUGCAAGACCACCACCCAAGUUUCAGGUAUUCAGUCACCUAUAAAGUAGUCCUUAGAAUUCUCUACUAGAGCAAACUAGAUUCUAGGCUCUUCGACCCAAGUAGAUUCAAACCCUCGAAGGGAAUCUGGAAUUAUCCCCACACUCGGUAUCAGUAAUUAUUUCCCUAAGUUUGCAAUAAGCUGGACCACACAUGCCUCUCCAAGUGUUGAAACCAGAUUUGUUUUCACAGGCUUAAGGCGGGGGUUUCCCAGACACCUGGGAAGGCCAAUCUGUAGGCCAGGCAACAUGCCUGCGUGAAGCUACUGACACCAACCUUUUGUGAUGUCAUAACGCCUACCGGUGGGGCAAUUAAUACAUAUCCCUUUAAUUUGGGAUCCCUAAUUUUCUGGAAUCUCUAAAUGUUCUGGAAUCCCUUUAUUAACACAAGCUAAAAAUAUACAAGCUCAAGAGAGAACUUGAGUUGCACUCAGGGAUGAUCUAUCAAAAUUACUCAAGAAGAAAAGUAGUUAGUUCUCCACCAGCUAAUGUGGGAUUUACUGCUAAACAAACAAUGACCUCGAAGUUUAGGAGAAAACUUAACAGAAGCACUAUAUUUAUAUAGAAGGGAGACUCCCUGGAAAAAAUUCUAAAGAACUUAACCAAUUAUAAAAGUUAUAGUAUUUACAUAGGAAUUUUUCUCAAAAUACAAUGCUUUAAAGGCUCUACAA